UUUCGUAUCAUAGCUAUUUCUAGAUAGCCAGAUUUGCAUAGCAGGAGUUGGAUUAUUUACCUACAUAUAUGUUAUCUUAUUGAAGUUUGAAAAUAUUAUUUAUGCACUAAAUUCAUUUCAACAAAGUUGAUUCAUAUCGAAAAGUGAUAUUUUUACGUAAAACGAUGUAGUUAUUAUUGUGAAAUUUCUUGAAUUACUAAAUCCAACUGAUAGCAAAGUCUGGGUGUAGUUUAUGGAACGAUUUGAGAACUGAACAAUUUUCGCAUUGCAUUUUUUUUUUUUGAUUUCCCUCAAAUGGAAAAACGGCUGUGCUGGUGAAUUAGAAUGCAAUAAUGGCCUAUAUAAAUGUUGUGGAGUGGACCCCUGACCAGGUGACAGACUGGCUGAAAGGUUUGGAUGAGUCAAUGGAGCAUUAUAUUAGUUCAUUCACAAACAAUGAAGUCGGUGGUCGUCAACUACUUAAUAUACGACCAUACGAAUUAGAGCAACUGGGCAUGUACUCAAUUGGUCAUCAAGAAAUUGUUUUGGAGGCUGUAGAAAAUUUGCGCAAUUUUUAUUACAAUUUGGACAAAGAAAACUUGCAGUUUAUGGCAUUACAUGUGGCUACUGCUGCACAUAGCUUGCAUCGGCAAUUAGUUACACAUAGUGAUACCUCAAAAAUUGAGACACAAAUUCUGAGCGACAUUACCCGCACAAUUGGCACCAUAAAGCCGCUUAUUGGUUGGCUCGAACGCGCACCUUUUCAGGGACAAAAACAAUUUACAGAAAUUUGUCGAAAUUUACUGCGUCUUGGCCUUGAAAUGGCUACAAUGGCACAACGCGAUCGGUUUGUUGAACGCCCGGUGGAUCAGAUACGUGGAACUGCAGAGAAACUUGAGCGACUUGCAAACUAUAUAAUACAAGAUAUAUCAGAUCCCAUGUUGCUACAACCAGCUUCGUUAAAUUUGGUCACUGUAAAGAAAAGGGAAAUGGAUCCUGGUUUUGAAAUCGAAUCCAAUUAUCAUGGAGUUCACCGCAUUACAGAAAUUAAGUAUAAUUCUCCAGCACACACCUCCGGCAAAAUAGAAUAUGGCGAUGAAAUUGUGCAGAUCAACUAUCAGACAGUAGUAGGCUGGCAGGGGAAAACGGUGUGGCAUCAAUUACAUGUGUCACCGACGGAUGUGCUUUUAACAUUAAAAAAGCGACCGAAACAUAUGAAAAUUUACGGCCAAAUUUACAUGCAGCCUUAUCGAUUACCCAGCAAGAAGCGGACGGUUGGAUCACGUUGGGGUGAAAACUUGCCAACUCCAAGAACAGGCUUUCUCACAGUGCCAAACAAUUCUGCCGCCUUUGAGCUUCUAUCGCUGAAAUCUGAAGAAAAGGUCGCUACGACCGCUUCAGACUCGGAAUCCAAUUGCAGUGACACUUCCACACCCACAGAAACAAAAACAUCGGAGAAACGUAGUCGACUAUAUUAUGAAAAGCCGCGUACUGUACUUCAGCGCCGGCACACAAUCAGUGGCGACCUCAAGUGUGGCAGUGACGUAACCCAGCAUUACAAACCAAAAGCUGGCAUUGUGGGUGAUCCAUCUUCUCCGAGCUUAAGAGAUAAAUGUAAAUCGUUCGGCUUCGGUUUAGAGUUGACUUCGCGACCGAAAACUUGUAUUGGUAUGGGCGGAAAAAAUGAAGAUGGUGCUGAAAUGCAGGAAGUAUUUAACAAAUCGAAGAUGGCUAUAGAAGGCACUGAAAACGCGGAAAACAUGAUUGAACGUUCAAAGCCCGGAGUAAGCAAGGUUGUGCGCUUUGAUGCAAAUAUGAAAUAUGAAGACUAUCCAGUGGAUGAAAAAUAUACUUGUAAUGUAGAAAAUACAAUUUUAGAGACUUUUGAACCAAUUUUGUUUGCUGAUGAAGAGGAUGAAGAUGUAUUAGAUAUGCAGCGUAAUGCCGCAAGAGAUGAGAGACUUUUAGUCCCGACCACGUCAAUACUAACAACAACCCCAGCUACCCCUAAACCUCCAGCGCCUUUGCCAGAUGCUAUAGCUGAGGCUGCAGUUGUUGAAGCAGUAAACGUGCCAAUUGUAGCCCGGCGCGGCCGUCUCGACAAAAGCCACAGUACACCAGCCUACGACAAUACGGGCGUAGAUUGCGAUACUCCUCCUGCUAUUGAGCCGCGUAAAGAAUUUCUACAGCAAACGCCGCCUGUGCCACCGCCCCGUCCUCGCAAACAAAAAGAUAUGUUACCGCAGCCUGUACCACCUCCUCCUCCAAAACCAGCUAAUCUAAUGGGCAUUGCAUUGCAAUUGCCACAUUCUCUGCAAUCGCCUUCCAGCAGCAAGUUAAAUACAUCAGCGAUUAGUCCAGAAGGAAUAAACAAUAGUGUAUUGCAGUUGCCCUUGUCUACAAUGCCGUUAACGAUGACUUCGCCAUCAAUUGCAACAAACACCAAUAUUAGCUUAUCAAGUACUCCAACACAAAUCAAUGAAUUACAUACUCCAACAAAAAGUCGCACUUUAUCGCUAAAGAAAAAGCACAGCUUAGUAGCUAAAAGACGCAAUGUUAAUCUGAAGGUGCUCGGAACAGGUGACAUACAAGGGCAUUUGUAUAGACGCACGAAAGAUAGACGUGGUGUCACAUUUUGGGCCCGACUUUAUUUCGUAAUGCUCAAUACUAUUCUGUAUGGAUUUCGCUCCAAAGAGGCAACAAAAGCUAGUUGUGUCAUAUUUCUCCCCGGAUUCACAGUAUCAUUGGCCAAGGAAGUACAUUCGAAGCCACACGCCUUUAAAGUAUAUCAUGCAGCGAAGACAUUCUACUUCGCAGUGGAGUCUCAAGAUGCUCUAAAUCAGUGGGUAGAACUGCUCAGGCAAGCCACUUUGUUUCCACAAACGAACUCACAGAAUAUGCGACAGCUUGCAACAGCCGGUGCUAUGGACAAUAUAAACACUAAAGAUCUAUUUUCAGAAACGGAUAGUUCAGGCGAAGAAACUGAAUCCAUGGUGUCCAGCAAUUUAUGUACGCCAUCGCCCCAGUCUUCUGGAAAGGAUAUCGUCUCAAAUUUAUCGUCCACUACAUCCACGCCCACCUCAUCGCAGCCAAAACAGGAACGCCGAUAUUUGGGUUCCCUGCGCAAACUGACCAAAGGCACACUGCAGUUCAAAAGUAGCGGGUCGUCUAGUGAAAAGAAGCCUUCGAGUGACAUUCCAGUGCCUACAGAUCAAUAUCGGAGUUAUAGAAAAGUACCGGGGGGAAGUUUUGGCUUACAGAUUGGCACGAAUACGCCAGGGUACCACCACGAUCUAUCGUUUCAAUCGCCUCAAAACAGCAGCCCUCCUACGCAUAUAUUAAAUACUUCACAACCGCAUUUGGUACCUGCAGCGGCGCCUCCACCACCUCCGCCGCAUGAUUUGGGACGUAAGCUUUCGCUGUCUUCAAGUCACGUUUCAAUCGUAAGCAACGGCACUGAUUUCUCGCUCAAUUCCUCAGUGGUGUCUACAUCCUGUUUAGGCCCACCAUCGUCACCGGCACCAGUGCCAGAACGCAAUGAAUCGUAUCCUGAAACCCACCAGUCACCUGGCGCUCAGAGCACGUCCACAUCAACUUCAAGCAUAUCAUCGAGGUCCAUGCGAAAAAUACCAUAUAACUUUAUACAUGCAUCCAAUCCAAAUUUAGUCGAGUUCGAUUUCCAAACAUCAAAAACACUUGACUAUUCGCUGCCUAAGAUCAACUCUGCCAAUUCGUGGGAUGCACAUCACAACAUACAAAGCUUCAUCACAUUAAAGGAUCUAAUGCUACGUAAACAGGAGGAGGAGGCCCAGGAGAUGUAUAACAAUCGUGUGUUGCUGGGUGUCGAGAAGAAGGAGGUGCUACAAAAUAGAAUUGGUGGAGCUGGGGGCGGUUGUGGUGACAGCUGCGCCGGUAGUAUUAGCAGCAAAUUAUCAAAAACACAGAAUCGCAGCUUGCCGAAAACGCCCGAUUAUGAAAUUAGUUUUAAGCCGGACGAUGAAGAUAUUCGUCGCACACGCACCAAGGAAGGUCUGAAACUGCGGGACUUUGGCUACGAACUAAUAUCCGGUGACGAACCAAUAAGCUCUGGCAGCGCAGGUGCUGGCGUAUUGGCGGCGUCACGUCAAAACUCUAACAUGUCCACAGCAAGUAGCAACGCUGACCACCACUCUGAGAGUAGCAAAUCGCGUUCGUUUGCAUUGCUGCCGCACAAAAGCAAAAAGCAUUCGAGUAAUAGUUGCUCCUCUACAUCUUCGAUUACCGAGUUGGCCAGCGGCAGCGAAAAACGUUCUGGUAGUAUUAAAAAGAAAAGCAAAAGUGAGCGUAUUUUCCAGCAAUUCCACAAACAUACGGGUAGCAUAAGCAGCGGAAGUUCGGCAAUGACCAUGACUUUGCCGCUAAACAAACACAAAUCCAGCCAGCGGGAGAUGGAAUUGUGCAACAGUGGAAAAAGCGGUAUUAGCGGUGCAGGUAUAAAGAAAAGUCAUACCUACAAUCAUGAUUUGAAAGAGAAGGCGGGUAUCAAAUAUGAUGCGCAUCGCAAAAAUUCUGUGCCAAUUUUGACUAAGUUGAGCACGACAUUCGGUGUCGGAAGUAACAGUAGUGGGGCCAAUGCUGCUGGAUCAGUAAACAACAGUAGUGCGCCCGGUAAGAGUAGCAAAGAAAAACGUCUGCUGGGCUCACCAUUGCUGCAUCGCACCGUUUUUGGCGCGCAUCACCAUCAGCAACAACAGCAACAUAAUAUGAGUGGAAUUUCAAUGCCCACGACGCCGACUUGUACUGGUCGAGAAUAUGACCGGGAGAUUUUCUCACAGAUAAUCUUUCCAAAAGUGAACACCGCACAUCAUCAGCAGCAUCAAUCCAAUCACUACCAGAGUGAUCGUAAUGGCGCGAACAGUUCGCGACAUGUACAAUCCAACUCAGUAAUCACCGCUCCGGAUGUGGUGGCUCCACCACCGCCCCUACCGCCUCACGAACCCCGAGACGGCAACAGCAGCAGCAGAAACCUUAAGGAUGCAAAUGCUGCUACUGGAACGGCUGCACCAACAAUCAAUUCGCCCGAGUAUCCACAUAUGGAAUGUCCCCCGGUAUUUGAACCCGAAAUAUACUCAUUAACUGAUACGCAUGCUAGCCAAACACUGUUGCUCCGUCGCAAAGACAGCGGCAGUAACGGCGUUGAAAAGCAGCAGUAGCAAAUUUAAUUACGAACAGGGACAAAUAUAGGAAUAUCCUAUUAGAAAUACCCUAAGCUGUUUAGAGACAGCUGCGUACGUCAAAUAAUAUAGUGUCUUCCCUUAGUUAGUUUUAUGUUCUUUGGCUUUAAGUUUGAGAGUCAUGUAAAUUGAAUAUUUUUGAACAUAGUUUUAGUCGAAAUAAAGUCUAUAUAAUAUUUUAUGAA